AUGCGGGUGGGACUUUUCGGCUACACAAGAGAUUCCCAGAUCGCUACAGAAGACGAGACACAGCGAGCUGACCAUGACGCCAAAACAUCGAUCGCCCGGACAAGCGGCUCGCUUGGGAUCAUGGCGAGUCUGUCGUCUCGGACUGCAAGGCAAAUUCUUUCGUCUCGCGGCCAGAAAUCAUCUAGUACCAAUGCCAAGAUUCUAGCGGUCGGUCUGAUAGUAUUGGUGACUGGGAUUUGGCUCGUCGUUUCCUUCCAAUCAUUGUAUGCCUGGACGAACACCACGCCCGAUUCCCGAAAUGGCGUGGUACAGCACGGAUCACAAAAUGCGAACCGAGAGUCUCGGGAGACUGUACCGAUACAAAAACCCUCGGUGUCUGCUAAUUUUUUUCGAAACGCGGGUGUGACCGCGCACGAUCGUUCCCAACCACACCGCGCGAACGCCGCGUCCACCGAAACGCUCGUUUUGACCACGAACGUUGGAAACAUACGGAUUCGAUUGCGACCCGAUUGGUCUGCCGAAUCCGUGGAAUACGUACGAGCCAUUCUACAGGAAAAGGGAUGCCAGCGUUGCAAAUUUUAUCGAGCCGAAAAGCCUGGCAUUCUCCAAGGCAUUAUGGCUCGUCCGCAUCUGGCGUCUCCGACCGUCAAAGGAUCGUGUCCGCCGGGGUACGACACUAUCACCAACAAUUGUCCAGAAUGGGACAAAUCGUGUGACUGUCACGGUCCAGUCAUGGAACGGGGUAUGGUGGGAUGGGCCGCGGGAGGAACCGGGCCGGACUUUUUUGUUGACGCCUAUCGGCGAAAGGCUGAAUGGUGGGGAACCCAACACACCGUCUUUGGCAAAAUCGAAGACGACGAGUCCUUUCGCGUUAUUGAUACGAUUUGGACACUACCGACACGGAAGGAAGGAUUGACGUACUUGCUCGAAGAUUUGCAUUUUACCCUCGAAAUUACUGCUACCUAGCUAGCUAGUAGCUCCACAGAGAACUGUCUACCUCCAGAACUUCACAAUCACCCAACGCUCGUAAAUUUGCAGUCUUUCGUGGCGCGGCGGGACAACACAAGUCUUGUACACCUUGAUUUAUGGGCGACCCUCCCAAUUUCCAAGAUUGCAUCGUAACAGCUACAGGCUACCGCACUGCUCCCAGUCAAUCACGAUGGUGAAACAACUACAACUACCCGUUUCACACAUGAUCUCUUUGGCCUUUUGCAGUAUCAUAGUCGUCCACCGGGACCCGUUGAAGAUUCGGCACUGCACAUGUCGUUGCGAAACGGGAACAAGGAAUAUGUCUGUAGAUAUCACUGGUUAAAUAUAUACUUUCAAAACAGCUGUAUUUUG